AUGUCCCUCUCAACCACCUCCACCCCCCUAAAAGCCACCUCCAUCGGCUGGCUCCUCAUCUCCGUAGGCCAUACUAUCUCAGCACGGGACUGGCAAUCCCUCCCUCAAUUCAACAAACUGCCUAAUCUAGCCUACACCUGCGCCAAGGCAGGCUGGUACCAGGGUAGUGCCUUUUUCCUCAUGACUGCAAUGAUCAACUACAACUGGGCGCAGAAUCCCGCGCUGCUGGUAGAGCCAAUUAACAAGGGGAUUGCGGCGUUGAUGACGGCGAUUGUGUGGGUGAGUGCUGGGUGGUAUUUGAAGAAGGGGGUCAAGGCCAAUGGGGUGGUUGUUGCGGCUAUGGGGGCGUUGCAGGCUUGGGCUGCUUUUCGGUAA